AUGCCUGAACCUGUAGAAGAAUGGCAGAAGGCAACACAACAGCUCAAUACCAACUGGAAUUUCCCCAUGUGCUUUGGAGCUAUAGAUGGAGAGAGGGUUUCAAUAUCCAAGCCCCCAAAGUCAGGCUCAGAAUACUUUGAUUAUAAAGCACAAAAUAGUAUAGCCAUGUUGGCCUUGGUUGACGCUGACAACAGAUUCAUGUAUAUCAAUGCAGGAUCAUGUGGUCGAGCAAGUGAUGCUGGCAUAUGGGAUAGGUGUACUCUGAAGGAAGGUUUGGAGCAAAAGUUGUUGAAUGUCCCAACUACUGGUGCUCCUUUGCCCUUCUCAACUGAGUGGCCAUAUGUAAUAGUUGGUGAUGAUGCCUUCCCAUUAAAAACUUACAUGAUGAAGCCUUUUCCGGGUGAAGAUCUGACUGCGGAUAAAAGAAUCUUCAACUAUUGGUUGUCUCGUGAACGUCGCUUGUCCUUAAAUGCUUUCGGCAUACUGUCAGCCAAAUUUAGGAUAUUCAAAUAG